AUGAAUUUGACUAACUGUACAAGAGUAACUGAAUUUAUUCUUGUUGGAUUGCCAAGUGCUCAGGGAAUGGAAAAUAUGAUACUUGCCUGUGUCCUGCUGCUCUACCUCCUGUGUCUGAUGAGCAACGGGCUUAUCAUUGUGAUGGUAAUCAUGGAUCACCACCUUCGGAAGCCCAUGUAUUUCUUCCUUAGCAACCUUUCUUUCAUUGACAUUGGGCACACUACAACCUUUAUUCCUAAAUUGUUCGUCAAUUAUCUCUCUGCAAACCGUUCCAUCUGUUUCUACUGCUGUAUGGCACAGUUGUACAUUUAUUUCCUUUUUGGGGUCACCGCAUUUUUUAUCAUCGCUCUGAUAUCUUUGGACAGAUACAUAGCCAUUUGCCAUCCUUUGAGAUAUGCCAUUAUCAUGACUCCUGGGUUGUGCCUUAAGCUAGCAGUAGCUGCCUGGUGUGGAAGCUUUUUCUCCAUUCUUUAUCAGGGAGUAAUGAUUACAAACCUACCCUAUUGUACGUCUAACAUUAUCAAUCAUUUCUACUGUGAUGUGGGACCUGUGCUGAAGAUUGCAGGAGGAGAUAUACAGGUUAUUGAAGCCCUUGGCUUCCUUGUUACUGUGGUUGUGGUAAUGUCCUCCCUUCUUUUUACCCUCAUUUCUUACCUCUUCAUCAUCUGCACCAUUCUUCGAAUGCCUUCAAACACCAGACAGCACAGGGCCUAUUCUACGUGUGCUUCUCAUCUGAUUGCAGUCUGCAUUUUGUAUGGGUCGGUCUGUUUUGUCUAUCUAAGACCUACUGUCAAGAAUUCUUCCUUAAGUGUAACCAAGUCUGUUUCUUGGCUGAAUACUAUGGUUACUCCAGUGCUAAAUCCUUUCAUUUACACCAUUAGGAACAAUGAAGUGAAAGAAGCAGUUUGGAAAGUGUUAAGAAAAAAACCUCCUGCUUUCCCCAAAAUCUAA